CUAAUAGUUAAAGGAGACAUACGCAACUGUUCGCAUGAUUUCAUCCUAUUCACUGCCCAUUCUUCACAGUCACAGACCCUCGCUCAACCGCCAAUAAUAUACAAUUUGCGUUUCCCAUACACACGAGCAUCACAUUGCAUUCCCAGACCAUUGUAUUUCUACCGCGAACGAUCGUUCUGCUGCGCCAUAGCUUCACGCCUGAUUGCAGUUACCAAGGGACGCCGAACUUUUCCAUCUUCAAAAGUGUAAAACUGGGACAUUCAGAUAUCACAAAAAGAAUACGUGUAACACCGGCACUUCUGACUACUUGCGGACGCGUUUACGAACGCGCCACCAAAUUAAGUGUCCUGGCCAUCGACUUGCAUCUUACGUCCGUCCAGACUCUGCAGUAUGCCGUCGCAACGCCGCGUCAAAGUCUUCGGCCUGUUGAUAGUGUUGGCUAUUCUUACAACUAUAUACUGGGCCUCCGCCGCGCAACAAACCAAGUCAUCUAAAUUCUACACAAACACAGUGGCCGCUUUGGAAGAGAAGAAACAAGCAGAAAUUGCGGCAAAAGUGAAAGCUGAAAAUGAUGCUACUGCUGCGCGCAAAGAAGACAUUGGGAUCCGAUUAAAGGCGGCCGAGGAAAAGGCUAAAAAGUCUGCUGACGAGAAAGGUCAUAGGAUCUCACAGCAGGUCAUGGCAAGCAAUGAAGAGAAGAAAGAUGCUGUCGAUGAAAAGUCAGUAGCAGGUCGUGUGAAGUACAAGGACGAGAAAGAGAAGGACACUCCAGGAGUUGCUAGGGUAGGCGGCAACACAGAAAACAUGGAGAAGCUUGACAAAGAAAGCAAGUCUGAAGAAGACCAGGAAGUUGAAAUGGAGCUCAACUCAAUCUUGAAGCGGAGUCCUAUAAUUAUAUUCUCCAAAAGCUACUGCCCCUAUUCGAAGACGGCUAAACAUAUCCUACUUGACCUAUACAAGAUCACACCGCCCCCUCACGUAGUCGAGCUUGAUCAGCACGAGCUGGGUCCCGGUCUACAGGAUGCUUUGGCGAAGAUGACAAACAGGAAGACCGUGCCAAACAUAUUGAUAAAUGGGUUGAGUAUUGGCGGAGGCGAUGAUAUCAAAACACUUCACCAAGACGGAAAGAUUAUAGACACAAUCACGACGACGGGUGGUAAGAGAAUCAUAGAAGUGAAACAGGUUGAGGAGCCUGCUAGUAAAGAUGGACUACGAAAGCGUCACUCUGGAACCUGAAGAGUAUAAUAUCUCGGUGCAAGGUGUCUAUACGGAUUUCGCACUCGAAGUGACCAAUGCAGAACAUCUGGCUAUUCGGGGCUCGGUGCACAGUCGGGCAUACGGGUUGUGGUGAAAGACCACAGUCAUGGUGCGGACCGGACUAUGAAAGGUGUGCUACUGCUCCAGGUCAAUAAUUAGCUUUGGGCGAGCUGGUGACGAUUGAAAUAAUGUCAAGUCGCACUGAUAAUGAUAGCGCAGAGGGGAAUUGGUUAAUGUAGAUGGCAGAUGAGCAGCAUCGUAAUGUUGACGUGAAAACGAGAGACACGAUUUUGACAUGAUACUGAUUGUUCAUAAAUACCACUAUAUAGACAAAUUCGUAACCAAUGA